AUCUUCCACCUGAACCAUCAGUACCUUGGUCAGAUCUGAUGAGGUUCACACCUGCAGAAGAAACUGAGCAGACUGAAUCCCCGUGUCGUGAAUCACCACCUCACGCCUCAUUGGGCGCGCCUGUUGUGGCUAUACAGAAAAGUCCCGGAUGGCCGGCGACGCAGCGGAGCAAAUGUGCAUCCUCAUCUCAACCGAAUCAAAAUCCAUCGAAGAACGACUGUUCUAGUUUUGAGGGACAUACCGCAGAUGGUGAACCAGUAGUCUCCAAGACGAACUCCCCACUGAUAUCCAUGAAAACACCAACCCCACGACCAGAAUCUCAUACAAAUGAUCAAGCGGAAGCAAAGAUAUCGCCUCGCCUACACAAGAGCCGGGCGCCUCCAAGCUCUGAUGACGAACUGUCCGCAAUUGGACUCCUCCAGGAGCGAUACAAGCCAAGGCCCAGUCGCUCAAGGUCACUCAAGGUCGACACUGAAGAGCCAAUUGACUACUCCGUCCGACCUGAGAAAGCUGCAAAGCUCAGCAAACGUCGAAGAACAACAGCUGACAUGCGCGCUGCCAACGCAAUCACGACACCCGAGAAAGUACGGCAAAUAUGCGAUAUGGGCUUCACGCCUUCGACGACUGCCAGAGCUCUGAGACGUAACAACGGUGACAUCAUUCAGACUGUCGAUUGGCUAGUUACUAACAAUAUCGGCCAUGACGAGCUAGCACCACAAAGUCCACCUAAGCCGAUGCCAAAACCAAGAGAAGAAGGCGAGCCUGAGGUAGUCGACGUGCAGACUGUCCAAGGCAUAAUGCGCAAUCUGGAUGAGUAUCGUCGAGACGAUUGUGAGACUGCGGAACAUGGUCAGGCAGCAGGACCUGACGCAGAUAGUUCUACCACGGAUCUUAUAGACGUAAACACUGUCGCGGAAACCUCAAACCCAAAUAAGCGCUCAGAAACAGAUCAGAACAUGAGUCCGACAAAAGUGCAAGUAGUGAUACCAAAGAAGUCGCCCAAAGCUGCCGUUGCACGAGCAGAAGACGCUAUAAAUGUGUCGAGUAAGAAGUCAAAACGUAAGAGAAUUACGCUAGACCAGACGGAAUCCGAAUCAUUCUCAUUGUUAGUCCCUGUACCGGCGCCGGUGAAUGAGAAGAAGAGAGGUCGAGGUCGUCCAAAGAAAACGCCUACCACUUCUGACGCCAUCGGACCCAUCGUACCUCGUGAACAAGAAGAAAAAGAGGGGCAGCCUAGUGGAUCUCUACAACCAAUAGAACAGAAACUGGCCACCGAGAAGAUCGACCCAAGCUCAGACAUCACACCAGACGAGCCACAACCGGUGGAACCAGUGAUUUCUCAGGACACAGAACGAGUCAAGGUCCCAACCAAACUCGAUCCAGCUCCGACGUCAGAGACACCAGAAAAGUCAGCGAAGCCCAUAACUCCUUCGUCCAUGACCAAAGGCAAAGUGCCGUACCGUGUGGGCUUAAGUAAACGAGCGAGAAUCGCUCCUUUGCUACGAACGUUGAAGAAAUGAAGAGGGCUAUCAUGAUUCCCUUAUCGAGAGCAAGUUCGUUGAUGAGAAGGUCCAUGCUCGUAAGCUUCAUGUAAUGAAAUCUAAUGAUGC